AUGUCUCCUCUUACAAGAUAUUUUUUAUUUCUAUGUGUCCUGACGUGUCUAUUAAUGGACAAUGCUCUAGGAGUGCAAGUGAGAGUUUCAAACGAUUUAGGAAAUAAUGUGGACUUAACCGUUCAUUGUAAAUCUGGAGAUGAUGAUCUAGGCCCGCAUCUUAUUCGCCCUAAGGGAAGUUAUAGCUUUAGCUUUAACACUAAUUUUUUUGGAGGAACAUUAUUCUUCUGUUCGUUUAAAUGGGAUAAAAAUAUCCGUCAUUUUGAUAUAUACAAACAAAGAAGAGAUUAUAGGAAAGGUGAUUAUUUCGACUAUUUUGUAAAACAAGCUGGACCAUGUUUGGCUAGUACAACUGGUCCUGUUUAUUUUUUGAAAAGAAUAACACAUGCUCCUAUUUGUUAUUCAUGGAAUGCUUAA